GCCCACCACAACCCGGACAGCCAUUUAAAUUCACCGUAGGAGAAUCUUGCGAUAGAAUUAAAGAAGAGUUUAAUUUCCUUCAAGCGCAGUAUCACAAUUUAAAAUUGGAGUGCGAGAAACUAGCCAGUGAAAAAAUUGAAAUACAGAGACAUUACGUUAUGUACUACGAAAUGUCGUACGGACUCAACGUUGAAAUGCACAAACAGACCGAAAUAGCGAAGAGACUCAACGCUAUAAUUGCCCAAAUUCUUCCCUUUCUCUCGCAAGAACACCAGCAGCAAGUGGCGACCGCUGUUGAACGAGCGAAGCAAGUGACUAUGACGGAAUUAAAUGCAAUUAUUGGGCAACAAAGGCCCGAUCUGCCGAGGCUUCUUCAGCAAAUGCACGCUCAGCAACUACCCGCUCAUGCUGCACCCCCAAUACCAAUGAUGCCACAUCCGAGUCUUGCCGGGGCGCCGCCAAGUGCAGCCGCUAGCCUUUUGGGAUUAACGGGAGCGUUGGGCGCACACGGACAACACCCACUUUCAAUGUUAGCAUCGAAGCCCGAUCUACAUCGAUCCGACGACGGAAAAUCCAACAGCGGUAUUAAUUCUGCGGAAGAAAGACACGUAAGUAUAGUCAGUUAACUUAUUUAUAAUUAA